AGCCGCGGUCGGGAGGGCAGGUAGGCCUGGGCGCGCGAUGGGGCGCGGGAGUCCAUCCGGCGGCCAGUGGAAGCGCACGGCUGGCGGAACGCAGGCAGCGCCGAGGGCAGCCAGGCGAACGCUGGGGCUUCGGCGGCGCCUGUCGGAGGCGGGGCAGGAAGGCCGGUGCAACGCCUGAGCCUCGCCGGGCGUGGGGAGGGGGCUCGGCCCGCAGUCCCCGCUGGGGGUGACCCCCCCACCCCAGGCCUCUUCAGAGGACACGUGUCAGUACGUUGUCGUCUCACCCCAUGUCAUAGCCCCUCCCCCAGGCCUGGGAUCCCCCGUCCGUCAGGCUCCAUUAUCCCCAGGCCCAACCCCCCUGUGACCCGCGCGCGGUCCCGGCCGGAUCCCUCUCCUCCCUGGCCCGUCUCCCUGGGCGGCGAGCGGCCCUGCCCCCGCAGAAGACACUUGUCACCACGUUCUCACCCCUGUCAUCUCACCCCUCUGCGUAACUCACCCCAGGCCUAGGGACUCCGGCCCACUGUCCCCGGACCCAGCCCCUCGGCUGACCGCAGGCUCGGCCCUGGCCCCCGCCCGGCGCGUCUCUCCCGGCAACGCGCCGCGACCCGGGAUGCAGCCCGCAAGCUGGGCGACCGUCAGGGAGGCGGCGGGCCGUGACGUGCUGGCUGCCGACCUCCGCUGCAGCUUCUUUGCCUCGGCCCUGCAGAGCUACAAGCGCGACUCUGUACUGCGGCCCUUCCCCGCAUCCUAUGCCCGCCACGACUGCAAGGACUUUGAGGCCCUGCUUGCAGAUGCCACUAAGUUACCCAACCUGAAAGAACUUCUCCAGUCCUCAGGAGACAAAGACACAUGGGCCUGGGACCUGGUGAGCUGGAUUUUAUCCUCAAAGGUCCUGACAAUCCACAGUGCAGGAAAGUCAGAGUUUGAAAAGAUCCAAAAGCUGACUGGUGCCCCUCACACGCCUGUCCCCGUGCCGGACUUCCUGUUUGAAAUUGAGUACUCCGACCCAGCCAACGCCAAAUUUUAUGAGACCAAAGGAGAACGAGACCUAAUCUACGCCUUCCAUGGGAGCCGCCUAGAAAACUUCCAUUCCAUCAUCCACAAUGGCCUGCACUGCCACCUGAACAAGACAUCCUUGUUCGGGGAAGGGACCUACCUCACCAGUGACUUGAGCCUGGCUCUCAUUUAUAGCCCCCAUGGCCUUGGGUGGCAGCGCAGCCUCCUGGGCCCCAUCCUUAGCUGUGUGGCCGUGUGCGAGGUCAUUGACCAUCCAGACGUCAAGUGCCAAACGAAGAAGAAGGAUUCCAAGGAGAUAGAUCGCAGGAGAGCGAGGAUCAAGCACAGUGAAGGGGGAGACAUCCCUCCAAAGUACUUUGUGGUCACCAAUAACCAGCUCCUGCGAGUGAAGUACCUGCUGGUGUACUCACAGAAGCAGCCCAAGAGCAGGGCUUCAAGCCAACUCUCCUGGGUUUCCAGCCAUUGGUUCACGGUCAUGAUAUCCCUGUAUCUGCUGCUGCUGCUCAUAACAGCCUUCUGCUACAGCUGUAACCCCUCCGCCCCAACCAUGGAUGAGAAAGGAAGGAGUCAGAGAACCGAUAGAAAACAAAGAGCAAAUCAAGUCAUCUUUUUCUAAAAAUUACAAACUGCUGAUUACAGCUGAAAUGGAACCAAAUGUUUGUUUUCUGAUUUUUUUUUUUUUAAGUAGCUAUUUGACAAAUUCGUCUUUGUGAGCUGAGUAAAAGGGGAAAUUUCUAAACCUAGAGCACCAUUUGGCCAGUGUCUACAGCCUCUUUCCUGGCCGUGUUUUAGAGAGAAGGAUUUGAGCUGCAGGCCUGCCUCCUGCUCUCCUUCUCACGAGCCUGCCUUGAUUGUGGCCUGUUGGCCACAGGUGCCCCACUGCAGGCCUUCUGUGAGCGGCUGGCCUUUGAGAUAGAGGCCUGCCUCGGUGUGCCACAGAUGUGUGUGGGCUGAGCCUCCCUCACAGGGCCCGCAAGUCUCUGGGACUCAGCCUGGGCUUUAGAUGUUCAGGAAAGCCUCAGGGUGCUCAGAGAGCCCUGGUUCCACCUGCUGUAUCCUCUGCCCCUCCCUUCCUGCCCCGUGUCAGCUGUCAUGGAGCCCUAUCUGAUUUAGGGGGGGAGAUUUCUGUAAAGAAUGUGGAAAUUAACUUUUCUAUAAUUUGUGAGGUUGUGAAAAAGCCACUAUCAUGGUUUUUACAUUGAAUAUUGGAGCAUUUCAGAAAUAAUAAAGGUAUUUUCCUAUUUUCCAA